AUGAAUCCAAGAAACACCAAGAGCUUGAACACCGCGUCGAAUUCUCGUAGCAGUCGACUCCGGCUGUCCCAGCGCCGCGAAACGCUACUUGGGGAACUUCUAGGCGUUGACCGGCUCAUCAACGCAGCGGCCCUCAUCCACCAGCUCCCGGACGAAAUCCUAGCGGAAGCCUUCCUCUUCUCGCUCACCCCAAACCGGUUUCCGUGGCAGUUGUUUCAAACGGAAGAAGAGCGCUUCUUGGUCCUGCUAGGUGUCUGCGUCCGCUGGCGUUCGGUCAUAUGUACCCAACCACGCUUCUGGCGCGACAUCUCUGUGCGUAAGGGACACGAGUGGUUGACCUUGGCGCUGUCGCGAUGUGCUGGCGCCCCUGCAAACAUUACUCUUCGUGACGAGACACUGGCUCCAAGCGUAUUCUCAUCCGUGCUACCCCAGCACUCUCGCAUCCUGCGUUCGAUCCACGCAACAGAUAUCUCGCAAUCGUCGAUGCCCCGCCUCCUCACCUUCCUAUACGACUCUAGCACGCCCACCCUUCACUCACUGUCUAUUCAUAACCGCCAUAGCAACAGGCGGGAGAUACGACUCAGCGCGGAGUCUUUCCCCGUCCUUCGUCAAUUGACGCUCAACAACUUCGUUCUGCCUGCAGAGAGCUCGCUCUAUUCCCAACUACACAUCUUGGUCUUGACACGCUGCCGGUGGAUCAUACCUAUGCGCCAAUUUCUGGAUAUUCUCGAGGCCACCCCCCGUCUAACAGACCUGGUACUGGACCAUUGCGACCUUCCCCUCUUCCCAAAGGACGCAGACGCUACUUCUCCUUUGCUCUCGCAUACACGUAUAAUACUGCCGUACCUCUCGACGUUCAAGAUCGCCGGUGAAUCUAUCCACACCACCAGAUCUAUACUUGCACACGUGCAUGCCCCGUCGAUGGCAAAUUCGACUAUUCAAGGCAUCACGCGUGAGAUGGAGCUCGAGGGGGCUAACCUCUUGGUCCGUCUUCUCCCUCCCGAUCCCUGGAGAGCGAUAUACUUGCUCAAUACUGUCACAUCUAUCACCGUGCGCGCAGAACGCUCCUCCGAAUUUCUCGGAAUCUGGGCCUCCGGCAAUGGAUGCAAUAUGUCGUUUACGCUCCCCAUCCCCGACCGUUACACAACCUCGCACUGGGACCCUUGGCUGCCCCACCUCUUUCGCGACCUCAUCGUGCUCUUCUCCCACGCGCCCAUCACACAGCUGACUGUAGAGGGAUCUCAUGGAGAUCUUACGGACGACGACUGGGCGGGCGUGUUCCGAAGCCUCCCUCUCAUAGAGGACAUCUCAGUCGGUGGAUCUGGUUCUCAUGCCAGCUUGUGGGAUGGGUUGCGGAAGACGUCAGUGGGUUUCUCGGGUCCGAAGUACUUCAAGACAGACUCGUCCGAAGGCUCACAACUCGAUGUCUCCGACGAUCUGUUCAAGUCCAUACUCGACACACUCCGAUCCAGGGCGCGAUACGGGAUACGCCUGACAAUGCUCAGCCUUGCGUUUGACCACGCCCACCAUGGUGACUACGAGCGAUACUUCAAGCGAUACAUCGAGGACAUGCGAUCUCUAGUCGACAACCUAGAGUACGUUGCGAUCGAUAUCGACCCAGAAUUCGAUACACCAGAAGCGUUCGCCGCGGAACGUCAGUGUUCCUCUGUUCUCUGA